UUCUCCCCCGGCUCUCUUUCUCUCUGUGGAUUAACCUGGGGUUUUCCGGCCAUGAUUUCGGCGGCGUUGGCGAAGGCGUCGUUCCCGAAUUGGGGAUCACGGUGCGACUGCCGCCACCACGGCCCACGGGCCACCGUGAUCGACGGCUACGAUUGCAUGGUGGUGAUGAAGCCCUAUGCCCGGAGGAGGAGAGGUGAAGAGCCCAAGGAGAAGUCGGCGGCGGGGGUGGAGGCGGCGAUGGGUUCGCCGGAUUCGUCCCGGGUGUGCGCUGACUGCCGGACGUCGAAGACUCCUCUCUGGAGGAGCGGCCCCAGCGGACCCAAGUCUCUCUGCAAUGCAUGCGGGAUCAGGUAUCGGAAAAGGAGGAGAAAAGCUGAGAUUAAUGGAGAAGCAGGUGCUGAGAAGCAGCAAAAGACUACGACUGCUACCACGACUACUAUGAAAGGAAAGAAUGAGAACGCGAUGGAUCCUUUGGAGGUGGUGGGAGAGGAGGAGCUGAGGCGGAGGCAGAAGGAGAAGCAGGAGAAGAUGCUGCUGCUUCUACUGGAACGCCAGAAGCAGAGGAGGAGGGAAUUGAAGGCGGCGGCGAUGGGAGCUGCCCGGAGCGGCGCUGUCGCCGGCAAGGAGGAGGCGGAGGCGGCGCUCCUCCUGCUGUCCCUCUCCUCUUCUGGCAUAUUUGUCCAUCCAUAGCAGUGGCUGACAUCCCUCGCCACUCUCUCUCCCACUUCUCCCUUUCUUUUUGUCUUUUUCUGAUACAGAAGAGAGAGAGAAACGGAAUAGAACUUUUUUUUUUCCUUUUUAAGUUAAUGGAAUGAUGGUGAUAUUGUAAUUAAUUAUCUUGUUAUUGGAGUA